CCCGAGCGCAAGCCAUCCGUUGACCCGCACACUGCUGAGGCCCUCGAGAAGCAUCUCAGCCAGCGCCCCGACAAGAAGGAUCUUGUCGGCCGCAACAUCCUCAAAGACGACAAGGUUGCGCCUUCGCUCCAAGCUGCGAAGGAAAAGUUGGAAAGAUCCCAGCUCGAGGACAAACUGGGACACGCUCUCCUUCAGCGUCCCAAACGCGAGGAACUCGAGCAGCAAGGCAUUCUU